UUUAGUGCUGAACGAAAAAUUCUUCAUUAAAGUAAAUUUGACAAGAAUUUUGUUUACAAACAAGUUUGUUUUGUUUAUUUCUCCUAUGGAUUGGCCAACAGAAAAGCUGUUACGACUCAUUGAGCUUUUUAAAAAAAAUCGCUGCCUCUGGGAUCCUAAGGAUAGAAACUAUAAGAAAAGUAACGUUAAAGACAGGGCAUGGAAUAACAUCAGCGAUGAGUUGGAAAGGAGUGCCGUUGAGACUAAGAAAAAGAUGGAAUCGCUUCUUGCUUCAUAUCGUCGAGAGCGUAAAAAAUAUGAAUUAGCUUUAAGCGGUUCUCAUGCGGACAAGGGGUAUAUUUCAAAGUGGUUCGCGUUUAAUGCGAUGAGUUUUAUGGCUGACAGAUCAUUUGAUAGAAGGCCCAGGCACGAUAUACAUCAUGAACCUUUGGAUGAAAUAUUACAACAAGAUAGUUCUCACAGUCAGGACUCCUACGAGGUUAAUUCGAAACGUAUAAGACCAAAUGAGAAGGAAAGUCCGAGAAGAAGUGAUGCAUUUGAUGUUACGCACCCUGCAAUGACUAAAGAAAAAGAGAGUACAAACUCCUGCUGUAUUAACAGGAGCGCUGCCGAAUUUAAAAGGCGAGAUGCUAGUGAUAUAUUCGGAGAAUAUAUUUCUACAAAGCAUCGAAAAUAUAGUGAUCAUGUCAAAAAUGUAAUAGAACAUCAAAUUGCACAAAUUUUGUUUGAUGCCGAUAUGGGUCUCUACAAUCCCGGCACAACAACGACAGUUACGAUAUCCGCCCGAUCGCCAAUUGUAGAAACGGACACAGGAGGCUCUUCGGAAAUAAUUUAUGAAAAAUAGUUGGUGUUGCAUUUUCGUAGAUACAGCUGAGACAAUUACA